AUGGAAUUGGAUUCAAAUGAUUUUAUCGAUAUUUUAAUAAUUGGUGGUGGGCUUUCUGGUUUAACAUCAGCUUAUAAAAUUAAAGAAAAAGACAAGAAUUUGAAUGUGGUGAUUUUAGAAGCUACUUCUAGACUGGGUGGACAAAUAAUUGAAAAUUUUAUUUCAAGCAAUUUAGUGUUUGAUUAUUCAAAGAAAAUUCUUCGUAUUCUUGUUAGAAUAGUUUGUGGAAAUGAAUCAAAAAAUAUAAAAUUGACAGAAUUUUUAAGCAUAUGCAAUUCGGCAGGAGGAAUCCAAAAUAUACUAGAUUUACAUAUAAAAUCUGGAUUAUCAAUUAAAGCACUUAUCGGAUUUUCAUCAGAAAAAUUAAUUGAAAAAUUCAAAUAUCUCUUAAAUAAUACACAAAUUUUAACGAACGUAAAAGUAACAGAUAUUUAUCAUUAUCCUGAUUAUGUACUUGUCAAAGAUUCUGAUGGAAAAAUUUUUAAUACAUCCGUAUUGAUAUUGGCGAUACCUUGGAAUCAUCUCAAAGAUAUAAACAUAUUCCCAUCUAUCCCUAAAGAGCUUUCAACUACUAAUUCUCAUCUAAAAUAUUUUAUAACUUUCUAUUUAAUUGAACACAAUGAUAUUGAACUUCUUCAGAAAGAUAAUUUGUGUGGAAGUUUUCUAAGUUUAGAGAAACCAAUUUUAAUAUUUCGUGAAUGUAAAAUGAAUAAAUUAGUUGCAAUAAUAACUUAUGAACAAAAUUUAUUAUUAAAUCUGCCUCCAACAACACCAUGGAAUCGAAUAAUAUUUUCUUCUACAACUGCAGCAACUGCAUACAGAGGUUGCGUUAGUGGUGCAAUACAAAGUGGUUACAGAGCAGCAAUCAAUGCAUUGUUAAUUAUUCGACCACAAAAUGUGUCUUGGAAGGAUCUAGAUCAAAUACAAAAGGCAAGACCAUUAAAACGAUAUGCAGGUCGAUUUAAAAAACUUUUGUCAAAAAUAAACUUAUUCAAUUGUGGUCUUAUGGCUUUUAGCAUUUUAAAGUAA